AUGGCGUCGAUAGCAGAGAAACAAGGCGGGAAAACUCAAGACGUGAAUCUGAAUUUUGAUAAACUGAAUGUGCACUGUUCUCAUUGUUAUGUCAAUGCCAAAGUGAUUCCUUCCAUACCAACUCAGAAUAUGAAACAGAAACCAGAUUAUGAUGUGUGGGUGUCCUUGUCAAAGGUUACAGGCCGGGUACAUGCUGCUGGUUGCAACUGCACUGCCGGUGAAGGAGAAUCUUGCAACCAUGUCGCUGCUGUCCUGUAUGCUUUGGUUGACAUCUCAGAAAAGAAACUUGAGGGAUUACAUGCAUCUACUUCACAGGAAUGCAAAUGGAACCAGCCACGAAAACGUAAAUUGAGUCCUGUUAAAUCACAAGAUAUGACAUUCACAAAACACAAGUGGAUAGAACAUAAAAAGACAACAACUAUAAGGCAAGAUGCUACUAAUGCUCCUGAUAAAUCGAUGGUUAAACCCAUAAAUGUGGACAGAUUUGCUCCCAAAACUCUGUGA